CGUCGCAACACCAUAAAACGCGCAAACGAUUCGAGAUCUCUUAGUGUAGUGAGAAGAAGCAUGGAAGACGGAGCAGAUCCGAAGAGAAUGGACAACGAAGCAGAGACGAGCAAGCUGACGACCUUGGCGACGGAGAUGACCCGCAUGCGUUGUACGCUGGCGGAGCUGGUCAGAGAGAAAAGUCAAUGGUCCACUCGACUCGUCGGGAUCCAAAAUCUGGCUCGACAGCUACAAGAAAAAAGGGAAGAGCUCACCUCUGUCACGGAAAAACUAGAAAGAACGCAAGAAACCCUGUCAAGAGCCGAGAAUAGAAUUACGCAGUUGAGUCUCAUACUAGAGAAGAAAGGAGUAUCGUCUCAAGGAGCCAUCGUUACGCCCGGAGUAUCGAAAAAGAUCCUCGAGGCGCUUACCCGAGAAAAUACCAAACUUAGAUUAAACUUGGAACGCUUUUCAAACGAAUACGGAAAUGGAGUGGAUUUGGCCACGGAAAAUGGCGAGCUCCACGAGAUCAUCAUGAAGUUGAGAGGCGAAAGAAAUGGCAGAGAAAGGGAAGUGAAGGAACUCAAGCGUCUGUUGACGGCCAUCCAAGACAGAGACACGGACGCCCUGAAGGAGCAAAACACUAGUCUGACUCGGGAGGUGACGAAACUUCAAAGGCAACUGGAAGCAAAACAAGUAUUUUGCGAACUUAUCGUAACAGAGAAUGAGUCUAUGAAAGAAAAGCUACUCUCUGACAAGGGCGAAAAAGUGGUGAAAGUCGGCCGGUUGAAAGAGGCGAUUGGCAGCGUGGCAGAGGCACAUCCAGACGUCAGAGACAUUUUGAAUGGUGUAUGGGACGACGCCAGCGACGCCGGCCAGGACGAAAGUGACGCUCGCCAUGAAGAUGCUCGAGAGACAGUCGAAGAUGGAGAAGUGGCCGAGGGGACGACGAAACUAGAAGACGCAAAAAGAGAAACGAAUCGUUUGGGGAAAGAAUUGGAGAACAAGCAGUCGGUUCUCGAAGGCGAAACGGAAAUGCUGAGGAACAAGUUGACAGACAUGGAAGAAGAGCAAGAUCUCCUCCGAGGCGAACUGGAAAAGGCAAAGACUGAAUCGGAAGAAAAUGCAAAGCUGGUGGAAAGCCUGCGUAAAAAACUCUCGUUGCUUCAGGGGGAUAUUUUUCAAACUACUAGACAGCGCGAUGAUUUUCAAGCACAGUUGAAAGAGGUGCAAGAUGAACUCCAACAAACGCAUUUGGUCCUCACGAGUUUCGUUAAGAAGGAACGCGAGGCAGGAGGUGAUCCCGAGGCGCUGAAAAAGGUAGUCGAGUGCGAACGUGAAAAAGUGGCCAAACUUCAGAGGGACAUUUUGCAAACUACGAGACAGCGCGAUGACUUCCAGGCAAAGUUGAAAGAAGUGCAAGAUGAACUCCAACUAGCGCAGAUGGCCCUCAAGAGUUACGAGGACGAUUUUAAGAAGGAACGCCAAGAAAAACUCAAGGCAGCCGGUGAUCUCGAGGCGAUGAAAAAAGAAAAUCACCGCUUGGCAGGCGAGUGCGAACGAUUCCAAAAGAACUACCUGGACCUGACUCAUCGGAUUCACCAAGGAUACUCGUCGGCCACGACUGGAGUAGGUGCAUUCAGACCUCGAGCAGAAUGUCGCAAAUCUGUCCAAGCACCCCCCUCGAGGCCGAGAGUGCAAGCGUCCAACGAACUGCAGUGCCCUACUUGCCAGAGGAUGUUUCCCAGCCAUUUACUCGACGAUCACAUGAGAGCCUGUAGCAGCUAA